AGAUCUUCUGUCCCUUCCACAGGAAAUACGGUAACAUCAUGGCCAACCAGCCCAGAUUGAAGAUUGCCUUGUUCGGGUUGGGCCGUCUUGGGUCUAUCCGAGCACGUAUCUUGCUCUACCAACAGCCUCGGAUGGAACUUGUUGCUGCCUGCGAUACCAAGCCUGGCGCGGACAAAUGGGCUGCUGAAAAUCUGCCUUCCUCUGUGACCUUCUUCGCUGAUCCGGAGAAAUGCAUGAGGGAGAGCGGGGCGCAAGCUGUUCUCAUCUCUACCGCCACAGCUACACAUGCACCACUCAUUUGUCUCGCGCUUGAUCUUAAUAUGCAUGUCAUGUGCGAGAAGCCCAUUUCCAUGGAUAUUGCCACAACGCAGGAGGUCAUCGCCAAGGCGGCUACCAAACCGCAUCUCAAAUUUUUGAUCCCCUUGACCCGAAGAUAUGAUGACAACUUCCGGGCCGCCAAAAGACUUGUAGACAGUGGCUCACUUGGAGACAUUCAUGCCGUAGAGACUUCUUCACAAGACAAGCAGGAUGAAUCAGGAUUCUUCAUCGCUUUCUCUCUACAGUCUGGCGGAAUUUUCGUUGAUAUGGGCGUCCAUGACAUUGAUGUUGGCCGCUUCUACCUCAACCCCACCGCUGGAUUGGACAACCCUAAGAAGCAGGUUAACAGAGUCAUUGCGAUGGGGCAGCGAACGCUUUACGGUGCAUUGGCUGAGUUCGAGGAUUUUGACAAUGCAUGGGGCAUCGUCGAAUUUGCUAAUGGCAAGAUCUUGACGAGCCAUGUGGGCCGAACGACGAGUCACGGUCAUGAAGGUUCAACGCGCAUAUUCGGAACCAAGGGUCACAGUCUCAUCGACGGUGUUGCCACACAGUUUCAGUUUGAGUUGCGGGAUGAGCAUGGCGUCAGACGGACCGUUCCACCGGAUGCAUUCCAGCUUUACGACAGAUCUUUCCCCAACGACCUUGCUGAGUUUGCAAGUGCUGUUCUGGACGGUACACCGCUAUCCUGCUGCCCGGAAGACGCUUUUGAGGCUGCCAAGAUCACCAUCGCACUUCAACAUUCGAUGCGUAUUGGACAGGCCGUUUAUUUCGACGACGAGGGUUUGCCGAUUCUAUCAGGGAACGACAGCAAAACUUCUGCCGUAUCUAAUGGAGUGAACGGAACCGCGGCUGUGAGCAUGAAGAAUGCCAAGGCCGUCGAGGUGGCAUGA